AAGUAUAAUUUCCUAACCUGAUCUUAGACCUCUUCUCGGGAACGCACCACCGGGAUGUCCGCCGCAGGAGACGCUGCAGCGGCCUCGGUAGAAUAGACCCCUGCGUUAUCAGGCCUGCCGGAUAAAUCAGCUUACAUCUGAUUCUGGCUGAUCCUUGCGAUCGCGUCACGUCAGCAUGGCUCUGACGUCACUAUGGCGGAUUCUGUUCCAUGCUGUCCUGAUCGUGAGCAUGGUGACGUCAGCAUGGGCCAUGUAUUGCGGGGAAGAAGAUUGCUACGACCUUCUUGGGGUGAAGCAGGCAGCCACCCAGCAGGAGAUUAAGAAGGCCUACUACAAGCUCUCCCUCAAAUAUCACCCGGACAAGAACCCAGAGCCUGACGCUCAAGCCAUGUUCUCCAAGAUUGCGAAUGCUUAUGAGAUCCUGUACGACGAGGAGAAGAGAGAGCAGUAUGACUAUGCCAUCGCGCAUCCAGAGCAGUUCUUCUACAAUACUGCUCGCUACUACCAGACGUACUAUGCACCCAAGACGGACAUUCGGGUCAUUCUGCUUGCAGCGCUGCUGCUGCUCUCCUCCUUCCAGUACCUCAACGACCACAUUCGCUACAAUCAGGCCAUAGAGCACGCCAAGCAGACCCCAGCAUACCGCAAUCGCCUCAAGCAGCUGGAGUUGGAACGAGCUGCAGCUGCAGCUGCUGCUGCGAGCACUGCUGUUGGGGGCCGGGGGAAGCGAGGAGGCGGCCGGCGAGGAGGCAGAGCAGCUGACGCCCAACAAGCUGCAGCGGCUGCUGCUGCAGCACCAGAAGAUGGAGUGGCUGAGCUCGAGCUUCAGGUGCAUGGAGCUGACAAGCCUUGCCUGUGGCGGCUCUUUGGCGUUCAAGUCGUCAUCUUCCCCUACGUAGCUGCUAAGUUGGUAUGGUGGCAGGUGCAGUGGCUCCACAGCUACACCAUUCGCUGCAUGCCCCUGGCUUGGAAUGAUGCAUGCUACCUUACGCGCACCACCCUGCGUAUUCCUGCUGCGCACUGGAGCUCCAUGGGAGAGCCUGCCCAGGACAGGCUUGUGGAGCGGCAGCUGUGGAUAAAGCAGAACUUGAACGAGUAUAGGGAAGAGAUGCUCAAGUCUGUAAGGAGGCGACGCUGAGGAUGGGCAUUCUGUAGCACACGAGUAUGCUAACAGAUUGCUUGCCUAUGCUGCAACAUUGGUUAUUCAAAGAGGCUUGAUGCUGAUAAUUGAAAAAGCUG